GCAUAAAAAAUGGAAAAGGAGCUGUGGGUGGCGGUGCAAUAACGCCAUAAUAAAAUGGCAAAAUCAUAAUUAACAAGUUCUUUUAUUUGCGAACGGAGAGUUGGGCUUGGGGUUCCCUCCACAUCUAUCCGAAACAAAAUUCCCUCCUUCCCUCGUUUUCUCCAAACGCACAUUUUCUUCACUUUCUCUCUCUAAAACCUCCCAUCUCUUUUCUCUCUGUAAAAACCCUGCAACCCCCAUUCCCCCACUCUCAAAACCCUAAUCCUUGGUGAUCUUUCACCUGAUUCAGCUAAGUUCUAACCCUUUCGAUUUCGCUGCACAAUUCUGAACUUAAUUUGUGGUUGCCGGAGUUGCGAUCAUCUCCGUUUCAGCACCAUGUCCGCCGCCGCCGGAGCUUCUAAACUCCAUGAGUCGCCGCCGACGGAAGCUUCCGGCAUCCCGAACCGGCCGCCGCCGAAGCGUCACCUCGCCUUCGCUUCGACCAAGCCGCCGUUUGCUCCGCUGGACGACUACCGCAGCUUCUCCGGUCCCCACUGUCGGAAAGCCUCCGAUCAAGAACAGGAAGCCGUCGUUGUUCGUUCUCCAUACAUGAAGCGCAAGAGUGGAGGAGUGAAUGACUGUCUCAGAGAGACACAGGAGCAAAGUAAUAGUCCUGGAUAUGCUAAUACAGUUAAUAGUCCUCUCCAAACCCCUGGAUCUACAAAAGGAGGGAGAACAUAUAAUAAGUCAAGGGCUUCUAAGGAAGGUAGAUCCGUUCCACAAACACCCAUCUUAGAGGCUGGAUCCCCAUCUCUUACUCCUAGCAGCUGCCGCUAUGACAGUUCCUUAGGUCUCUUGACAAAAAAAUUUGUCAAUUUGCUCAAGCAUGCAGAGGGUGGCAAUCUUGACCUAAAUAAAGCAGCAGAAACUUUGGAGGUGCAAAAGAGAAGGAUAUAUGACAUAACUAACGUGCUGGAAGGAAUUGGUCUUAUAGAGAAGAAGAUCAAGAACAGAAUACAUUGGAAGGGGAUUGAUUGUUCUACAUCUGGUGGGAUAGAUGAUGAUGUCUCUAUGCUGAAGGAAGAUGUUGAGAAACUUUCCUUGGAGGAGCACCGAUUAGAUGAUCAAAUAAGGGAAAUGCAAGAAAGGCUGAGGAUUUUAAGUGAAGAUGAAAACAAUAAGAAGAUGCUUUUCGUGACUGAAGAUGAUAUCAAGUCCUUACCUGAAUUCCAGAAUGAAACUCUCAUAGCAAUUAAAGCUCCACAUGGAACCACAUUGGAAGUCCCUGAACCUGAGGAAGCUGUUGACUACCCACAGAGGAGAUAUAGGGUCAUUCUUAGAAGCACAAUGGGUCCCAUUGAUGUCUUUCUUAUCAGUCAAUUUGAGGAGAAAUUCGAAGAGAUGAGCUUUCCACUUGCUUCAAGUUCAGGGUCCAACGAACAUCAAGCAGCAGAACUGCUUCCUGUUGAAUGCAAUGAUAAAGCCCCUGAACCUCCAGCUCAACUCUCAUCUAAUACCUGCUCUGAUCUGAACACUGUACAAGAAUUUGCUGGUGGCAUGAUGAAAAUUGUUCCUUCAGCCGCUGAUACCGAUGCAGAUUACUGGCUUCUAUCAGAUGUUGAAGCUAGCAUAACAGACAUGUGGAAAACAGAUUCUAGUGUAGAUUGGGAUGGUGUGGACAUGCUUAAUUCUGACUUUGUACUCAUCUCGAGGCCACAGACUCCAUCAUCUGGGUUUGCUGAAGCACCAUCAGCAGUAGCCAGCAUCCCGCAUAGGUGAUCAUGGAUUUGCUUAAUUAAUAGUGCUUGAUUGAAAGGUAUGGUUAGACGGCAGCCAUUGCAAAUUGGGGGGAAACGGCUUCAUUAUAGUUAAUUAUAUCCUUGUAAAUGUUUGAGGCUACUUUCAGUGGCUAUUGAAUGUCGAGCAGGGUUUGUUUUCUCAGUGUAUUUACAUCACUAACCACAUGCUAUGAGUAAACUAUUUAAAGUAGGUGCACCCUGUUGGAGUAUGAUUUCGAUUGGGAGCUAGAGCUGUUGCUUCAGUUAUUAUCAAAAUGUUUCUACCAUAUGAAACUAAUAAACUGAACGAGGUAGACUUAAUUUCCGUUAUCUCAUCUUUAAUGUUAUCCGUUUUUGAAAUUUUUGGCAUCAUGGGUCCCGGGUGUUGAAGAUCUGAGCAGAUAUGUAGAUGCUGAUAUUGCAAACAAGCUCCAUGUACUGAUAAUUAGGGUAGAGGAUCACCUAGUUCUUAAACAUUCCGUUUAUGUUCUUUGUAAACAAACAUUUUGGUGAAUAAUGUAGUUUCACCGGCUGUUCUUGCAGUUCUCUUCUCA